AUGCAGGGAGACAGGGAGGGGGAGGGAGAGAGGGUGGGGGAGACAGGGGGUGGGGGGAGAGAGGGGGGGGAGGAGAGAGGUGGGGGGAGGAGAGAGGUGGGGGGAGACAGGGAUGGGGAGAGAGAGGGUGUGGGGGGAGAGAGAGGGUGUGGAGGGAGAGAGAGGGGGUGGGGGGAGACAGGGAGGGGGAGAGUGCGGGUGGGGGGAGACAGGGAGGGGAGGGUAGAGAGGGAGGGAGUUUGUAGGUGGUUCUGCUGGGUUCAGGUGGUUCUGAUGGUCCUGAUGGUUCUGCUGGGUUCAGGUGGUUUUGAUGGUCCUGAUGGUUCUGAUGAUUCUGCUGGGUUCAGGUGGUUCUGA